AUGUCGCGAAAGUGGAUCGCCUUCUUGGUUAUCGCGCUGAUCCUUCACAGUGUGUGUGCUUAUCCUUAUCCUGAAACAGACCGCGAAAAAUGGGAAGCCUAUAAAAGGGAUAAGAUGAUUGUCAACGAUUCAAGGAAUCUAAAGGACAUGCCGUUUUUCGGAGACGGUGGACUGCGGAAGGCUCACACGGAAACGUAG